AUGUUAAAAAUAUCUAUCUAUCUAUCUAUCUAUCUAUCUAUCUAUCUAUCUCAGUGUAUUCGUAUCUAUCUAUCUAUCUAUCUAUCUCAAUCUGUUCGUAUCUAUCUAUCUAUCUAUUUGACUCUGGGCAUAUCUAUCUAUCUAUCUAUCUAUCAAUCUUACGGUUUAUCUAAAAAUAAAUUUUCAUUAUUAUCAAUCUAUCUAUUUAUCUAUCUAUCUAUCUAUCUAUCCAGAAAUCAUGGCAAAUCCUAUCUAUUUAUUCUAUCUAUCUAUCUAUAUCUUUCUAUCUAUCUAUCUAUCUCACCAAUCGAUUUAUUUAAUGAAUCGAAAUCUAUCUAUCUUCUACUAUCUAGUUAUCAAAGUCUGUUAUUAUCAUUAAAAACAUUUAUCUAUCUUUCUAUCUAUGGUAUCUAUCUAAAUAUCUAUCUAUCCCAUUCAUUACAAAUAUCAUCUGCAAAAAUCCAUUCUUCUAAUAAAUCUAUCUAUCUAUCUAUUAUUUUCGUAGACAUGAAAUUUCAUCUAUCUAUCUAUCUAUCUAUCUAUCUAUCUAUCUAUCUAUCUUUUAUGAUCUCUGCGUGGGUGUAUUUCUGA